CGUCACUAUUCGUUAGCAUCACGUCACGACAACUUCGCAGAUUUAAGUAAUUUAACUAACUACAACCAACAAUUCGUCUCUAUUAACUUAUGUUACACCCGUUGGUAUUGUAGUACCACUUCGUAAAGCUGCUGUGUAAUUGUCAGUGAGUGUUUAGCACCCAUUCAUUUUUGUUAGCUUCUCUGCUAAUGUUAGUUGACUCUGAGUGAUUGAGAAUUACCUGCUCUUCAAGUCGUUGUAUUUCGGCUUCAUUUUCCUUUUCGUCUUCUGACGUAUCGCCCUCUUCGUCAUCUGAAUUUUCCACUCCCAUACCUUCCUCGUCGUCGCUCUCCGAGUCCAUUUCUCGCUCUUCCAUCCCCGCAUCGUCCUCCUCCAUGUCUUGCAAAUGCGUAUGCUCUGCGUUGCUUGACGCUGCCAUGUUGGAAAGGCUCUCUGCCUGGUAACAACCCUAAACAACCCCAAUCCAACGCUGUGAUGCCAAUUAUUGGCCGCUAGUGGGCGCUCACAACCCUUUGCUCCUGACCUCCGUAUUUGUCAACAAACCGAUUGGAGUCAUAUUUAUUCGGGCAUUUUCGUCAAUUUUCGAGUUCUGAAGAUGGCGAUGGCCCUACGAAAGUCGUCGUCGUUGUUGGUUAACAGAAGGUUGUUGCCGAAUACUCUUUGUUCAUAUCACAGAAAGGUUGUGGACCACUACGAAAACCCAAGAAAUGUGGGCUCAUUAGAUAAAAACGCUAAAAAUGUAGGAACUGGAUUGGUGGGUGCGCCAGCCUGUGGGGACGUUAUGAAACUUCAGAUUGAGGUGGAUGAGAACGGUAAGAUUGUGGACGCCAAAUUCAAGACAUUUGGCUGCGGAUCAGCCAUUGCUUCGAGCUCUUUGGCAACCGAGUGGGUGAAGGGAAAGUCGAUUGAUGAAGCUUUGAGGAUCAAGAACACAGACAUUGCCAAAGAGCUCUCACUUCCCCCUGUCAAACUUCAUUGUUCCAUGCUGGCAGAAGACGCCAUCAAAGCAGCCCUGUCUGACUACAAAAUAAAGCAACAAGACGGGGAGAAGAAUGCCUAACUCAGCAGUUAAUUCGUCACUAUUAAUCAUCUAUAAUAGGCUGGUGGUACCUCAGGAAUGUGUCAUGAUGGGAAAACUGGGAGUCAUCAAUUGACAAUUAUUUCUUUUUUGGCAAUAGUCAUGUAAGAAAACCCAUAUUUGCAUUUGUGAUUUUAUCAUCAGUCCCAUACUGAAAAACUGAAUAAACCUAUAUGAAUACUG